AUGCGUAUUGAUAAGUCUGGGUUUCAGCAUAUUUCGUUUCUCACCUCAAGAUUUCCAAAGGUUGAUUACCUUCGUCUUGGUGAAUGUCAACAACGGUUUGUUCAAAAAUGGUUAGAUUUUAAAGCGAAUAAACUUCAACAUCCUCCACGGCCCACCAUCCUUACCGCUCAGGUUUGUCCUGUCUAUACCUUAGGCAGAAGAGAUACGAAAACGAAUAUAGACGACAACAUUGGUGGAGCCAAAGUUAUCAAAGCACUCAGAGGAGGCCAAACUACCUACCAUGGUCCAGGCCAAUUACUUGUAUAUCCAAUUUUGGAUUUAAACGCAUUACACUUGAAUCCCCGAAAAUAUGUUUCUAAGCUCGAGGAAGCGAUUAUUCAGACAUGCAGACAUUUUGGAAUGAAAACGGCACACACGAAUGAACACACAGGUGUCUGGUUAACGGAUGACGAAAAGAUUGCAGCUAUAGGGAUUCACUUACGAAGGUAUAUUACAAGCCAUGGACUAGCUCUUAAUGUGUCUACCGAUUUAGAGAUGUUUAAAAAGAUUGUUGCUUGUGGAUUAGAGGACAAAACUACCACAAGCUUUCAAGCCCAGGGAGUAAAUGUUAGACUAAAGGAAGUAGAGCAAGUACUUGUUCAGCAUUUAAUAAAUGCUUUAUUGUCUUGA